ACGAGUAUUCACCAAAAAUAAUUUUAGGAAGGGACAAUAUUUAUUAAUACUUUGGGGCCGCCUUCAAUUUAACAAUCCAGGUGGCUCGCUUCUCCCAAUCAUUGAUCCCCAAAUUCCACACUCUAUAAAACUAACCAAACCCACCCUCUAAUUUUUCCACUAAAUCAUUUAACAUACAAUCCUUCAACCAACAAUCUCCCUUCUUCUUCUUCUUCUUCUUCUUCCAAUGCUCAAUUGAUUCUUCCUCUGUUUCUCCAAUUCUCUUGCUCUGUUUUGGGUUCUUUUCUUUUUUCGAGGAUGAGUAAUUUUUCGGGUUCGCAUUGUAAUAAUAGCGGGUGUGAAUCGGGGUGGACAAUGUAUUUCGAGGAGUCUAUUGAAACGGAGGGGGGAUUUCGGCGGAGUGAAGUGGAUUACGGCGGCGGAGGGAAGGAGGAGGAAGAAGGGGAUUUGUCGAUGAUUUCGGAUGCGUCUUCGGGGCCGAUGAAUGGGUAUUAUGAGGAGAAUAAUUAUCAGCCAGUGCGGCGGAAUGGGGGGAAAUCGGCGGCGGGGAAAAGUAAGAGGAAAGAGGAGAUGGGGCGGCGGAACCAACAUUCUUGCCUUGAUGACACUGCAAGCUCCCCUGUUUUUGGGCUUUCCAAUGUCAGAGAGAUGAGUCCAUACAGAAACGAAGGUUUGGUGGAGAAUGUAAAAGAAUUCUCACAACAAACCCAUUCUCGAAAACAACAUGGGAAGAAACAGACGAGCUUUUUUCAGUCUUCCUCAGUCAAAAAAUUGGGCAAAAAUGUCUCAGGUAAAAAAACUUUCAACCGGCACCCCGGUAAAAAAUAAAAAAAAUAAAAAACCUCCGUAUUUUGUGUACGUGUAAGGUUUCAAAAUUCGAGUGAUUUGUGUGUGCAGGCGAUUAUCAAGAACAGUAGAAGGAGAACGGCGAGAAUAAUUAAAUGAAAUGAUAGAGACACGAGGAUCGUGGAUUAUUAUUAUUUUGUUGGUUUUCUGCUGUUUUUUCUAUUUCUAUUUCUUAAAACAAAUAUAUUCUUUUUCUUUUACCCAAUUGAUUGAAAAGAGUUGCAUUAUUUGGGAAGUUACUGUAUUAUUAUUGUUUAUUUCUUUUUUUUUUUUUGCUUUUUCUAUUUCAAGAAGUGUAUAUUGCAAAAGAAAAAAAAUAUCAGUGAGAAAUUGUCACUUCUAGUACUAUAUUACC